AAUAGUAUUUGUAAUGGUAAAGUCUCCAAGAUACGACUGUCCUGAAAGUUUAUACGUCCUUUGAAAAUUCAAUCUUCAAAAGUAAUAUUCAAACUAUCAGGUGUGUGUAAAUAUUAGUAAUAUUGCAAAGAAGAUCUUGAGAUAAUUUGAAUGACAAUAGAUAACUACACCCAUAGAUUCAGCAUUCUGGCUUCUCUAUUGCUGUGUAGGCUCAAGUGCUAAUUAAUAUACGUAAGAAACAUCGCUCAAGUGCUUCCUUUAAAGUACAAGGGCGUUUUCAUUGCAGGUAUAUAUAUAUAGAUCGCCAUUUUGAUUUUGGCCAAUCUCUAAUAUUUGAAUUGUGACAGUGAUAAGUGACCUAGGAGAAUGCGAAAGAAACAAUGAAAACUCUCAUUUUACUUGUAAUUAUUCUUCAAAUAAACGUGGCUUUUUUGAACUCAACUCAAGAUGCUUCUCAAAGAAAUACAACUUAUCGGGAGUAUACCGGCGAAUGCGGAGUUGAGGUUAUCGAUGCUAACGUUUACGGGAGGAUAAAGGAAUUGGUCGCCAUGAGGAUAAAAUUGCUUGUCUAUGACUUUUCCUUUCCUAAUGCCUCUGCUGACCCGUUUAGAACAUCAGAUCAUUAUUUUAAACCCAAUAAAUUUUAUAGGGCAUUUCAAAAGCAUGGCCAAACUUUGUUGGCUUUAGCUUUUAAUUAUGGAAUAUUAUCGGUUUUUACCUUAGAAUUGGGUGUCAUCACUGAACGAAUAGAGCUGAGAGACGUUCCUUCAGGUUGCUUCGCUGAAAUUUCGGGUCCUAAAAAAAUGGAUAUUCUUUUAGAUGCCAUCUUCCACGGUUUUGAAAAAGGUGAAAAUGCUCAUAUCCAAAUUGAACCUUUUGAAAGAGUUUGUCAUGAAAUAAUCAUGACAUCAAGUAUAUACGCGGAUUUCGAAGAUAGAUGUUGUCAUUGGGACGCUCAAAAAAAAAAAAUUACGUGCUCGAAGGAUAUCUAUAACUUUUGGGUAAAAUUAUUAAACGUUCUUCUUCUCAUUCUUAAAGUUUUGGUAUUUGUAUUUGGGCCAUUAAUGAUACCCCGUUGGUUGUAUACUUCGCAGCCUCAUAGAGUUAGAUAUUUAGUAAAAUUAAAGGAGCCACUAGUCAAGUUUAUAACAGUUGCUAAUCCUGGGAAUGUAGAAAGAUACGUGGCCAGAUCGAAAAAGAUUAUUGAUUUAACAAGCGUCGAGAGGGGAUUUCCGACAUGUAAGUUGGAGUUGAAAAAUUUUACACCAGGAGACAGAAUAAGAGUAAAGAUAUCGUCCUAUCGAUUAUUGAUUAACUACGGAAAACUGUUAUUGGAGAACAAGGUUCCUGUAGGCUUGUUUAAAGUUUUGAAAAGAGCUAUUUGUCUGUGCAAAUUAAAGGAAAUUUCACCUUUUAAUGACUGUUGUGACUCUCCUAUAUUACCUGUGAAGCAGAUAAAGGAUAUAAAAUGGAUUCAUUUUUGCAAAUUGUUAACAAGAAUAAUGCUAAUCCUACUUCUUCCACUUCCAUAUUACAUAAGAAUAACCCUGUUCUAUAUGUAUGAAAGCGAGGAAAUUGAUGCCCGAUUUAAAGCCACCGAUAAACUUGGAAAGACAAUCCGUUUCAAUUUUAGGUUUAUGCACUCUCUCGGUCCGACCCAUGGACUUUUCAUUGGAAUAUAUAUAGUUUACAUUUUCACAGCUUGCUUUUUAGCAUACUCACAUCAAAGGGGGAAAGAUUCUCAUUUCCAAAGAGUUAUGAUAAAAUCUUUUAGGGAAUUAAGGAAUUCAGUUUGGCUCUCUUCUUUAAAGUUUUUAACUUUCAAUAUUUUGUAUCCUAUGAGGAAAUUUGGACUUCUUGGAAUUAUCGUAGGAUUAAUUUAUUGGCCAUUUGCUAUACCAUUUUCUUUGUUAGUUUGCGUAAUCUAUUGUCUGCCCUUAUUCUAUCUCAUAUUUAGAAUGCUGAGAUAUGCUAGAGAUGCUUCUACCUUAAAAGAAGAUGAUGAUGAUGAAAUUUUAUUCAUGGCGGAUAAGCAAAGAAUAAAUAAGAAAUUAGAAGAGGAAAUGGAAAAGCUUAAAACAGGUAGCCUCCUUCGAGAGUUUAAACAAAGAAGAAAAUCAAAAGCUGACUCAAAAAUUAACCUUCACAAAAUUAGCUCUGAGAAUCUCGGAGAUAAGAAAAAAGUGAAGGAUAAAGAUGAAGAGAAAUGCAAAGAUAAAGAAACAGAGAAGGACAACGAUAAAGAAAAGGAUGUAGACAAAGAGAAAGAAACUGAUAAAGAGGUAACUAAAGAUCGCCUUAUUCAACAAGAUAGUAUAGGAACAUUUUCUUCAUUUGAAUCGGAAGAAACAGAUCAGAUGCUUAAGCAACAACAGAGUGAGAUGGAAUCAAGUGCUAAAAAAACAAACAGAGAUAAAAUUAAAUUUAUUGUACUGAGGGCAUGGCAAAAUUUAGUAGGUUUAAUGUGUAUCAUUGCAAUGGCAGCCGUAAUGAUGCUCAUGGCAGAAUGUGUUGGCUACAUGGUUGAAAUGUUCGUGUUUACUUUAAUGGGUAUAAUUGUCAAUGCAGGAGCGGUUCUUCGAUAUGUUACUCUAUCCUUACUUGUAAUUCUAUACUCUUACGAUUGCUAUAAUAAUGUUGCCAAGCAAUAUCUAAAGCUAAAUCAAGCCAUGUUUGCAGAAGUAAAGGAUAGAAUACAUGGUAUCUCUGAAGUUACAUCCCUUCCCUCUUAUCUGCAAGAAAAUAUGGGAUUUAAAGCCCAAGAGGCUAGUGAUCAAGCUGAACACGAAAAUCCUGAUGACAUAGCAAGUGGAGAGGAUGGAGAAGCUCUCCUCCCGCAAAAUAUUUUUUGGGAUUUGAAUGAUUUAAUUUUAUUUAUCGACUCAGACGAUGUACCCAGAGUGCCUAGAAAAUUAUUUGAGGAACUUUGCGAAAUUAGAGUAUCUGGAAGUCCUGGUCCUGUUUAUUUAUCCCUAUUAGCAGCUACAAAGAGGUUUCUAAUUAUCGUAAUCUUCCUAUUAUUUGUAUUAAUUGUCGUAAUGUCGUUUGGUGAAAUUUAUCAAGUAUCCUCAACUAAUCAAAUGUUGGCAACAUUUGCCGGCGGCUUUUUGCCCCUUAUGCUUCGAAAAGUUUUACAGCCCAUUGCACCCGAGCCUGAACUUAAAAGUUUAACUUUCAAGUCAAAGAUGGACGAAAUCAUAAAGAAUUAUCACCAAUUGUGGCCAAUGUUUGACCUACCCCUAGAGCCAUAUCCAGAGGAAGAAGAUGAAAAAGACAAAGACUCUGAAAACGAAGGUGGAUCAGAUCAACCGGAUGGAUGUAGUAGUCGUCUCAAGCAAAUGAGAAAUGAUUUUAAGAAAGCAGUAUCAUUUUCCUUUGAUAAACAAAGCGAUCAAUUUAAAAUUGAAAUGGAUGAAGGUCCGGAGAAAGACAUCGAUAUUCUAUUCGUAAUUCCUUCAGAAUUAGAUCCGAAUAGAAAUUCUUGGGGACCCAGAUCAAAAUCAGAUUUCAGGCGGAAAGCUAUUAGAAAAGAUAUACCAUCAUCUCCUACAAAUCGAAAAUCAUUAAAUGCUCUCCAGCGAAUGACAAGUAUCGGAAACUUUAUUAAAGAUAAUCUAGAUGUAUAA